AAAAGAAAGCUCCAUCAGGUUAUAUAAACAUUGGUGAGGAUUGCUCACUGAAGGCAUGCAUGUUCAUGACUGCUGAUUAGUUCCUCUCCCAAUACAUUCCUAAUGGCGAGCACUGGAAAUGCGAAUGACAUGAAUCCGCAAUUCCCAUACUAUUUCCCUCCUCCGACCUGGGCCAAUCCAUACCAAUCAUCCCCGUCCUCGUCCUCAUCAUCAGUUCCGAAAUGGGUUAUCGCUGCAAUAGUUGUAGUCGUCGUCAUUGCAGGCGCAUUCCUGUUUCUGUACAUCAGGAGGAGGGAGAAAAAGAUCAAGAAGAAAGCUGCUGCCAAGGCCACCGAGGCCGCCAAAGCCGCCGAGGCGGCCAAGGCUGCCAAAGCUGCGGAGGCCGCCAAGGCUGCCAAAGCUGCGGAGGCCGCCAAGGCUGCCAAAGCCGCAGAGGCCGCCAAGGCUGCCAAGCCUACAAACACACCGAUAUUUUUUCCAACCAGUUGUCAGUCCUGCGGGCAUAACGGGGGUUUGUGCACACUCACUUAUCUGUGUCCCUCGUGCAAGUAUAAGGCAGAAAUUAGCUGGUCUUAUCCAGUGAAAAAAUAAAAACUAUAGCUGUAGAAGAACCUUACUUUUCAGUAUUAAUCAGUUUAUCGAACUUGGAAUUUGCUGGUUCGUGAUUAUCCGAGUUCAGCAGUUAUAUUGAUCAUCCCAGUUUGAGAAUAAAUUAUAAUUGCAGAUAUUUCUUGGACUUUUUUUUGUACUUGAUUUGUGAAGUUAUGAUGAGGAAUACUAAUAGAUUCACCACA